AGAGGCUGUUGGAUGAAACGACACGAUGACCGCUCUCUACUGCUCACAAGUUCCUCUCUGAUCAUCUCUGAUCGCAUGUAGCGCUUGCGAUUUGAGAGAGAAGUCUAUAUUACAUAAUUUCACGCAAUUGUCGUCAUAGAACAUAAAUUCGAAAUAACACCAACAUGUCGCAAGAAACACAUCGACCCAUGAAAUAUCCAUACACCUUAGGUGCAAAAAUCGCCCAGUUUCCAUAUAAAUAUUACCUGCAGCACAGUUGGAUGUAUAAAUAUUUGCUAAUUGGCGCACUCGCAUCAGUACCUAUAUUUUAUAAAAUUCAAAAAUUAUCAUAUAAUCCAGAGAAUGUUGCAAAAUGGAAUAAGAUCCAUCAAGAAAUGUUCCAUGGACCUCCGGGACCCCAUCAUUAAAGUAAAGUUAUAAUCAUUAGAAUGCUAUGUACGUUAAAACAAAAAUAUGUAAGAGAAAAAGAAAUUGUAAUCUUUUCUCUAAUCAAUUAGAAGAAAUAAAUCUUUAAUCUCAUACAUAUAAAA